AUGCCUCAUCCUCACCAAACCAGCGAAUGUCCACACCUAGAGGGCCGGAUAAUGAUGCUACCAAACAGGGCAGAGGUUGAGGCGAGGAUAACAACGACCGUGCCUGUCACAAGCGGCAUCUUCAACCAUCCAGUUGUUAUCCUCUCAAAGGAAAUUUACCAUGGGAAGGUGGCAGUUUUUGUUGUGACGAGCUUCGACGGUACACCCAUCGAGAAUCGUCAUCCGGAUCCCAUCCGACGACAAUCCUACCUCCCAAUACGUCCCGCCAGACACCCAGACACCCGCUGCGAUCUUAUUGCCGCGCACGGAAAGACGAUGAAAAAGAAUUCCUAUGUUAACAUCAAGGAUAUUCACGAAAUUCCAUUUGUAGCUCUCCGAUCUUGCUGGCGCGAUAAUGAUCUCCACCUAGAGACAACGUCCUACCAAAUACUUACCUCAGAAUUGUGGAAGCGAAAUCUUGGGGACCUGGUCAUUAGACUGGAUGGCCAUGGCAUAUUCGAGCGGUCAGGCCAGUCUGCUUCUAGCGAAGUUCCUGUUCCCGUUCGUGCCAGCCAUCAAAGCCUUCGUCGUGAUACCAGUUUUGCCAGGACAUCUAGUUCCCCUCCCUCAGCAUCCUAUGGAACAUUCACCCAAAACUCCAUGGCGUCAUACCCUCGAUCCUAUGCUUCGGUCCUUGCCAAUUCGAACGCUGCGAGAGACUAUAAUCUUCCAAGCAGGGUAUAUCAAUUCCAGCAAUCUGUGCCAGUGAUGCAUGGUGAUAUUUCAUCACAGCCAAGCCGUUUUAGAACAGAGCAGCGGCAUUAUGAUGAAGUCAAUUUGGAGACACGUUGGCCGAAUUGGCUUACAAUCAUAGCCAUCAUAUGUUUCCUGGUAGCUGUUUGGUACUACUUUGCGAAUCCGGUUGUGGAUUGA